AUGGGAACAGCUGUUUCUAAGCCUGUGGUUCACGAGAAACUGUCUCUGGCUAAAGAAGAAGCCAGGGCUGACAUGACUGAUCAAGCAUCCUGGGAAUCACCUCUGCCACCUUACUCCAUCCGAGAACGAGUUGUUCCUCUGACACUUCCUCGCCUAAAUGACUGGAACGAGACUCUGCUAAGCGAUCCAAAGAACCGCCUCGCGAUCUCAAGUUUCGCUGGCCACUCUUUUGCAGAUGUUCUCAUCAACCACAGCGCCCUUCAACUUGAUCAUCACAUCUUCAGCCUGACCGUGCCGGUAGAAGGGACACCGAUCACGAAUCAGCGUUCCUCCGGUCGUUGCUGGCUCUUCGCAGCGACCAAUAUCUUCCGUGUUCCGCUGAUCAAAGCCUAUCAACUAAAGGACUUCCAGCUCAGUCAGGCAUAUCUUUUUUAUUGGGAUAAGAUCGAGAAAGCAAAUUGGUUCUUCGAGCAGAUCAUCGCUACUGCCCACGAAGAUCUCUCUAGCCGAUUGGUGCAGAAACUUUGUGAAGAUCCAGUCACCGAUGGUGGGCAAUGGGAUAUGGUAGCCAACCUGGUGCAGAAAUACGGACUAGUUCCCCACACGCUCUAUCCAGAUAGCUAUCAUGCGCAGAAUAGUGCCAAGAUGAAUUGGCUCCUCACUGUCAAGCUGCGAGAGCAGGCCUUAGUCCUCCGUCAAUUGGCAGUUAAAGACUCGCCCUCGUUGGCCUCUACCAAGGAGCAAUUUCUGCAGGAAAUACACUCGCUAGUCACUCUGCUUUUGGGACCCCCACCGAGCCCGGAUAAAAAGUUUGUCUGGCAAUACUCCAAUGCCACUGGAACAGCUCGUGAGGUGCAACUGACCCCAAUGGAAUUCGCGGAGCAGGCUCUGCAGCCUCAGUCAAUCUCUCGGGGCCAACCCAUUGUCAGUGCCGGACGACUGUUCAGUCUAGUCAACGAUCCGCGACACGAGUUCAACCGGUUGCUGACGAUUGAGAGACUCGGCAACGUGGUGGAAGGGAGACCGAUCACGUAUGUUAAUGUAGAGAUCCAGACGCUCAAGACUGCAAUCAUCGCGAUGCUCCGGGCUGGACAUCCAGUCUUCUUUGGCUGCGAUGUGGGCAAAUUCUACGAUCGCGACCGUGGGAUCUUGGAUACCGAGCUCACGGACCUCGCGCUCGGAUUCAAUACCCCACUAAGGAUGAACAAGGCCCAGCGGGUCGCUACUGGCGAAUCAUCAAUGACCCAUGCCAUGGUCAUCACGGGUGUGCAUCUGGACGGCGAACAGCCGGUUCGGUGGCGCGUAGAGAAUUCGUGGGGCGAGGAGGCUGGAAAGAAGGGUUGGUUCGUGAUGGCCGACCGAUGGAUGGACGAGUACACCUUCCAGGCUGUUGUUGACUUCAACUUCGUCCCGGCCAAUGUUAAGGCUAUCCUUAAACAAAGCCCGAAGGUUUUACCGCGGUGGGAUCCGAUGGGAGUGCUUGCUUGA